UCAGGCUGUGGUGACAGGUGUCUGCCUGAGUUACCAUUACAGGGCGGGCUGUGGGGCGGGUCUUGGCCGGGAAGGUGGAGGCUGUCCGGGCCUCGUAGGCCCUCCGGAUACAACAGAGCACUGCUUGUCACCGCCAUCAUUAUGGGGAACGCGAAUAGCGGAGGCAGCGGGGAUGAAGACGACCGAGGAAUGGAACAAGAAGAGAGCAGCACGGCAGCCACGGACACGGCGGAAGGGACGGGCGGCCAGCAGAGUGCAGUCCCACUGGGGAGCCCCGACGGCCCGUCAUCCCCACUGCUACUGCCGCCCUCCCCCGGGGUAUUGCUGGAGCAGGCCCGGCUGAGGGAGGCGGCGGCCCGGCUCAGGGAUGUAGGGGCUCCGGAGUCGGUGAUUUCCCGGCACCAGAGCGCCCUGCUCCGCUGGCUGGAGGAGAGGCUGAGCCGGGGAGAGGAGGCGCUGAGCCGGGAGCAGUUUAUAGAGAUGAUGGAGAGCCGGGCCAGCGGCCGGGAGGAGUGCGAAGAGGCAUUUGCACAGUUUGACGCGGAAGGCAAUGAAGUGGUAGACUUGGAGAGCAUGUUGGAAGCCAUAAAGGCCUCCGGUGGUGCCAAUCUUCAAGGGGAGCUGAGUCAUGUAAUCAGACAGCUGCAGGCCUGCUCACUCACACCAGGUUUCAUCGACAUAUUCUCCAAAUCAAAAGAUCGUCUUAACCUACAUUCUUCUAAGACACUCCGUUUUUUACAUCGAAAUCGAAUUCCUAGUACUGUGAUCCCCUAUCCUAUUCUGGAGUGCUGCAAUAACAUUUUUACUAUGCGAUCCUCAGUGCUGAAAGAUUAUUUAGAGAGGUUGCUCAAAAAAGAUAAAGAAUGUCCAGCUGUUCCAACUGGCAGUGAUGAAUCUUUGAAGUAUAAAACCAUAACAAAGUCUUACAGUAGCAUAGAAACCUCAUCCAACUCAUCAGAUAUAGACAAGAUGACUAAUGGAGAAACAACCUCAUACUGGCAGUCAGAUGGCAGUGCUCGUUCACACUGGAUACGGUUAAGAAUGAAGCCUGAUAUUGUAUUGAGACACCUAUCCAUUGCUGUAUGUUCUGCAGACCAGAGCUACAUGCCUCAGCAAGUUGCAGUGGCGGUGGGGCGAAAUCCAAGCAACCUACAGGAGGUUCGCGAGGUCCACAUUCCCAGCCAUAUUUCAGGCUAUGUGACAUUGCUGGAAAACGCUAACAUAAGUCAGAUGUAUGUCCAGAUCAACAUCAAGCGCUGUUUGAGUGAUGGCUGUGAUACAAGGAUACAUGGCCUCCGUGCUGUUGGCUACCAGAAGAUAAAAAAGUCUGUAGUAUCCAUAUCUGAUGCUUCAGCUAUAUGGUAUCUUUCUCUUCUGACAUCGCUUGUCACUACUUCCAUGGAAAGCAAUCCAGCACUUGCACAGGCUGUCCAGCAGCACACACAGAAGGCUUUACAACACAUGAUGCCUCUCUCUUUAACGCAAGGAACUGCCGAAUUUCCGCAUUUUUUAUCACCAAAUAUUUUGGAAGAGGUGAAUAGCUUUCUUAUGAGAACUGCAAGCUGCUGCACCACACCAGCGGUAGAUUUAGAUCUCUUGGCAUUUGCUUUGGCCAGAGGGAGUAUUGCUAAAGUAAUCGCUUCUCUUUGUACGAUUAUGGACCAUUUGGAUUUACAGUACAAAGCUGCCUCCCUUAUAGAUUCAAUGGAAUCUGUUAGAAUUAAUCUUCUCUAUAAAUAUGGAAGACCACUGCAGUUUACUCUAAUAGCGUGUGAUGUCAAAGGCAAGGAGGAUAAAUCUGGACCAGAAAACUUGCUGGUGGAACCUUGGACAGGAGAUGGCUUCCUGACGGAAACUGGAAAAACCAGAGCAAGCAUAAUCCUUUCUUCAGGCACAGAGUCAGCCUUCCAGGUUACACAGAUGAGGGUUAGGGUCAGAAAAGGUGCCAUUGGUGCCAAAUGUGGAUUGGUGUUUGCUUACAAUUGCCCGGAAAAGUUCCAUGCUGAACAGCAUUUUAAAAGAUUUGAGCAUUUUGACACGUGGAAAUUACCUGAAUUCAAACAGUUUGCGAAAGAAAGAGCUAACCGGUGUGGAACAGAUAUAGACGAAAGUGAUCCUGUAGCCUGGUUUGAGCUGGAAGAGGAAUGGGAUGAAGUGGACAUCAGGAUGCAGCAAUGUAAAACUGCCAAGUACUGGAUGGUGAAGUUCCUCUGCACACGGGAAGAAACAGCAGAGCGCUUAGGUGUGCAAGGUAUCAGUGCUUUUGGUUACCGCAGACCACUGGAGGCUAAAAUUGACAUGAAUGUGACAUGUUUGAAGUGUAAAGAGUUACCAUCUGAUAGCGUAUGUGGAAUGACCCUCAUUCUAAAAUCUCUGCUAUUUGUUCAGCAGCUUGCACAUGAUAUGGAAAAAGACAAUCAAUCAAGGCAUCGAUCUCUUCUCGAUUUAUCUUGCUUAAAUUUGGAGCUGCUCUGGAAAUGUUACAAAAAGCUUCAAGAUAUCCAAAGAGAAGAAUGCAUCUGUGCUCAAACUAUCCUUCUUCAGUUACUCCAGAGCUGCUUCAAUGUACUGACAACAGACAAUCCUGCUCCUAAUAAUCAGAGCCAAUCCCAAUCUGCUCAGGAACUGUACACACACUUGUGUGAUGCUAUGGACAACAUGGAAACAUCAACUUUGUAUUCCAAAGCACUGAAAGAGGAAAUUACAAACACUUUACUGAACGGAGCUGCUAUUUUUUUUCCUGAUCGCAUGGCUAGACAUGAUCGCCUGUUUUCCUUAAUGAAGAGGAUCACAGAGGAGAAACAACCUCAGUCAGUUCUUAUCACCUUCCAAUCACUCUGUACUUAUUUCAGUGAACAGGAUCCAAGUGGACUUUUAUUUCUACCGGAUGCAGACAUUCCCACUGAUUUUGAAAUUGGCAAAGUUCUCUCAGUCAUGGAGAAGCUUCUGGCAAUGGCCGUUAGAGAGUGUAAAAUGCUGGUUCUUCAUGAUUCCCAAGGAGAAUGUGGCACAAUACUCCAUUCAUUGUUUUGGGCAGUGCAAGGCAGUCUUCUAUCUUGGUGCUUUUGUCAAUUAAAGAAGGAAGAAGCAACGUCCCAGCUAAUGGCAAGAGAAUUGGUAGUUAAAUAUAUUGACCUUUUCCUGUCGAACACUAAAGAUGUUCUUGAGUAUCUGCUGAGUCAAUGCAGUGGAAAGGAGAUCAUUGGAAAGUUGAAUGAUUCUGUAUUUACCAUGGCAACACGUCAACUGAUGACCUAUAUGCUGGAGUUGUGUGCUCUUGAUAUUCCUCAUUGUUUAUUACUUCAGAGUUUCAGCAGAUUAACCAAAUUGUUGAAGAAACUAUGUGGCGAUCCUACAGAAAGUGCAAACAAGGUAGAAAUGGAAAGUUGGAACCAGGUGCAGCAGCCUGUGGUUUUACAGACCUGGAAUAUGGAAUCUCCACACAAUUAUGAAAAUAACUGUCGGGACACAACGGUCUUUCUCUGCCCAGGUGCAACAUACUUUGAGGUGGAAUUUGAUGACAAAUGUGAAACAGAAAAAAGGUAUGACUAUUUGGAGUUUACAGACGCCAGAGGUGGUAAAGUACGUUAUGACCACAAAGUCGGUACUGAUAAGUGGCCAAAGAAAGUAACUUUUAAGGCUGGACCACAACUUCAGUUUUUGUUCUUCUCAGAUGGAAGCAACAAUGAAUGGGGGUUUAAGUUUACUGUGACAGCAUUUGGUCUGCCAGAUAUUGCCCUUUCUUGGAGCUCUGAUUUGCAGCUACUUGUUGCACGUUUAUUGGGUCGUCUAGCAUCAAGGUCUAUGGCUAUGAAGUCAACAUGUGAACUGGGACCUAUCGCUGAAAUACCACCCGCAAAGGUCUCAUCCGUUGUAAGCUCUCCAUUGUGGAAACCCGUGUUCAGACAUCAGAUGUACACAGAGUUCGGCUCAAUAACAAAAAAAGGAUGUGUGGAGACUAAGAACUCUCAUGCAGAUGACUGUCGUAACUUUCUCCUUGACUUUGCAAACUCAGAUCCUACCCAGGAUUACUGUGGCCCUAACAAUGAACUUUUCAAAGGAUUGGUGCAAGCGGUCAAGAAACAGCCGAUAAAGAAUGAUAUAGUGGUUGGUUCUGCAGUGGAUCAAGCUGUGAACUGUACCUUUGCUGCUCUCAUAUACCUUACACCACAGUUAUUUGGGAAGUUACAGAAAUAUGUGCUAACAGGAGGAAAUCUCGCUUUAUCUGAGGAGUUUUCUCAAGUUUAUGCUUUGGCGGAUGGCAUUAGAAUAUGGAUGCUUGAAAUGAAGCAGAAGUGCUUGCAUACAGGUGGAAAUGAUAAGCUUGUGGUUGAUGGAGCAGAAAUGAAUCCAGACAUGUUGGCAAAACAGUGUAUAGAGAAAUGUCUUCUGUUGCUGAGAUUUUUACCUACUACAUCAAGACUGCCAUUAGAGAACUGGAUUUCUACGGAUGACAAUGGAGUGUCGUACACUCGUCGAAAGAGUUCCAUUGUAGAAGCAGACUUUCAAGCUUCAAGUGCCUCACCUGUUAAUGCCUCCCCUGAAGCUGCUCAUCCAAUUUCAAUGGCUAAGUGUCAAGUGCCUGAUCCUGACCCUCAGAAAAAGAAGGAAUCUGAACUUUUUAAGUAUGAGACACCAUUAGGGCCUCAAACAAAAACCGCAGAAAAAAACGAAGAGCCUUCCUCUCCUCCUCCUACCCCAACCCGUAAAGCCCCAUUUAGUCGAGCAAGACUAAGGCUGCUUUCAUUCCGCUCUAUGGAGGAGGCAAAGAUGCUGCCAACAGUGAAGGAAAAAUAUCCAAUUUUAAAAAGUAUCCUAGAUUUUGUAAAGGAUCCAGCAAUUUCGCAUGAAAGUGUUUUGCAAGUCCUGUCCUUAAGAAAAGCUCAGGCUGAAAGCAUUCUAAAAGUACUUCGGAUGAUUCAGGAGUGUCUGGACACUCUGGGACAACCCAAUUUUUUUCAGCCUCCUUGUGUACUCUUCCUACUGGAGCUGCUGGCCUGUCAGAAUGAUUUUACCAAGAGAAGAGAGGGCCAGAACGACUCUGGACAGCUGAUGACCUCUAAUGGGAGCAUCCUCAAACAAGAUUGCAAAACAAAGAGUUACUUUUGUCACCUAGAAGGCUGCGGUGCUGAGCUGCAUAAAGAAGUGCGAGAAAUGUACUACAGGCUUGUUGUGCUUUUAGUUAAUGCAGUGAAGAGUUUCAACAACCUUAAUGACAGGUCACUGCUCCCAGCCUUAUCAUGUGUGCAGACUACCCUCCUUCACAUGCUGGACAUGAGCUGGGAACCCCAAGACCUUUCAUUCUUCCUCAGCAUUGACCUCCCAGAAUUACUUUUAUCAAUGUCUAAAGAAAACAUAAGUACCCAUGAUAGUGUUGUGAGUCAGUGGGAAGAAGAUGAUGAAAGGGCAGAUUACAGGCAGAACCUUCAGUGGUUAGAGGAAUGCAUAGAUUCAAUGUUUGAAACUUGGUAUGAAAAGAUUAAUCAGGCCGAUCCAGAUGUAAAGAGAAAGAUGCAUUUGUUUAUUGCACGAUACUGUGACCUGUUGAAUGUCGAAAUAUCUUGCGAUGGUUGUGAUAAAAUUGCACCAUGGCAUCGCUACCGGUGUUUACAGUGCAAUGAUAUGGAUUUGUGUAAGACCUGCUUCUUGGGUGGCGUAAAACCUGAGGGCCAUGAAGAUGACCAUGAAAUGGUCAACAUGGAAUAUGCAUGUGAUCAUUGCCAAGGACUUAUUAUUGGGCAUAGAAUCAACUGCAGUGUGUGCAAUGACUUUGAUCUGUGUUACGGAUGUUAUGUGGCCAUGAGAUACCCCGACAGCCAUUUGCCUAGUCACAGCAUCACCAUCUAUCCCAUGGUUACAAAUAAAAUCAGUGACAAGCAGAGGCUUAUACAGCCCUACAUUCACAAUUACUCAUGGCUGCUCUUCAGUUCACUGGCUCUCUAUUGUUCAGACUUGGCCACUGAAGGGGAAAUCGAUGGGGAGAAGUUGGACUCCAAUAUCAUUUCCAGUGCUCAGAUUCUACAAGCAAACUGUACAGAUCUAGUGGCCAGCUGUCUCAUGAAGGCUCAAAAUGGAAAGGGUGUAAGAGUUUCCUCCUUACUGUCCUUGUUGACCAACAAAGAUCCCAGUCCUAAAAGUGUCAAUUCCACUGUUACUUCUUCGAACAGUAAUAUUGCGGAGACUGAUGAGGAUACGUCUUUAAAAACGGAAGCUGGUAUUGUAAAUCCUUCUGGAUCAGAAAAGAAGCAAUACUCUGCAGAAGAUGAGGAUCAAGAUGGAGUAAGCCCUACAAAAGGAUGUUUAUUUCCUGGAGACUUGUCAAAGAAACAUAUUGUUGACAAAGCUACAAUCUUAAGCCCUGACCAAUUGUUUGCUGAAUGCUCUCAGGAACGUAUAUUAGGACUUAUAGCAGCCAUGUUACCUCCUUUAAAAUCAGAUGCAGCGAGUUCCAUAGCAAACCUGCAGCAAGUGCUACCACUGAUGUUUGAAGUAGUGAUCACCAAUGUUGGUCACUUAAAUGAAUCCUAUCAUUUAACAUUGGGCCUUCUGGGUCAGUUGAUUCUUAGAUUAAACCCAGCUGAGGUGGACGAUGCUGUGAAAAAAGUCCUGUCUUCCAAACACAUCUUGCAAAUAGAAGAUGAAGGGAGCUCUGUGCCAGAUGGUUGGAUUACAACUCGGCUGCUCUUCACUCUUGGAGCUCUAUGCCUAGACAGCAAAGUUGGUCUUGAUUGGGCCUGUACUAUGUCUGAUAUUCUGCGGGAGUUAAAUAGUUCUCCAAAAUGGCAGAAAGUGAUGAAUGAUUUCACUGAUCACUGUAUGCAACAAUUGCCUCAUCAAUUGAAAAACACAAAUAUCUUCACUUUGUUGGUCUUGGUUGGAUUCCCUGAGGUACUCUGUAUGGGAACACGGUCUGUGUAUGUUGAUAAUGCCAAAGAACCACAUGAUGUUGUCAUAUUAAAGCAUUUCACUGAGAAAAAUAGAGCUGUAGUUGUUGACCUCAAAACACGAAAGAGGAAGACUGUGAAAGAUUACCAGCUGAUGCAAAGGAAAGAUUUUAAAAGCCAAGACCCAGAAGUAAAUCUUAAAAAAUAUCUCCAGCACUUUGCUUCAAUCACCAGUAACCUCCUGCAGCAGAACUUGGACAACAGCUGUGCAGAGGCAGUUGAAGCUACUUGGGUCUUGUCGUUGGCUCUUAAAGGAUUAUAUAAAACUCUAAAGAACCAUGAUUUUGAAGAAAUUCAAACUGCCUUUAUUCAGUCUGGUCUGCUAAAAUUGUUGGUGAAGAGAUGUAGCAAAGGCACUGGUUUCAGUAAGACCUGGCUUCUUCGUGAUCUGGAGAUCUUGUCUAUAAUGCUCUAUUCAUCGAAGAAAGAGACCAGCCAUAUUUCUGAAAAAAACGAACCAUCUUCUGUAAAGCCAGAACAAGAUAAAGAUGCUGAGUCACCUACAGUUGAUGAUCAGAAAAAGCCCAAUCCUUUAGAAGGUCUUGAUGAAACUACAAAAACAUGUUUUCAGGUUAUUCAUGAAGCCCAUAAUGUACCUUUACACAUCCUUCGAGCAAUAUAUGAGAUGGAAAAGAAGAGUACAGAAUCAUUCCUUGAAGACAUUCAGAAAAGAUUUGAUGGGAACACUGAUAUGAUUGAUGAAAAAGUUAAGAAGAUGGCACAGAAAUGGCAGCGACUGAAGUCCGUAAAAUCAGUGGAACGGCUCUUAAAUGUGGAAGACACCGACAUAAUCAUUCCACCUUGCCUGAUGAAACCUGUUCUGUGUGAUAAAGCUACAGAGGAGUCCAAUCCUGUCAAUCAAAAACUUAUUGUAACAAAUGAGAGUGACCUUCAAGUUGCCUAUGCUAAACAAAGACGAACAAAAAGCUCUAUACUUCUCCGUAAAGAGCUUGAUUCUCGUGGCAAGAUAGCAGCACGGGAUUACCUGUUCCAUGUGAAUGAGGCCACAGCCGUUGUGUAUGCCCGCCAUGUACUUGCUUCCUUGUUGGCUGAAUGGCCUGAUGGCGUUCCACUGAAAGAAGACAUCCUGGAAUUAAGUGGACCUGCGCAUAUAACAUAUAUUUUAAAUAUGCUAAUGCAUCUGGAAGAAAAACAGUUGUGGGAAAAGAUUUUACAGAAGGUGUUGGGAGGCUGUAGUGGAAUUAUGCUUGGAACAGUAGCAGUUACUGCCUGUCAGUUUAUGGAAGAACCAGGAACAGCAGUACAAGUACGGGAAUCUAAACAUCCUUACAACAACAACACAAUCUUUGAGGACAAAGUCCACAUCCCUGGUGCAAUUUACCUGUCAAUCAAAUUUGAUCCAAUGUGUAACACGGAGGAGGGCUGUGAUGAGUUGGUUAUCUCAAGCUCCCCUGAUUUUAAACAAGACCUUCACAGAUUUAGUGGCCUACCUAAAAGGUGGAUAGACUUUGAACUCCCUGGAGAUACCUUAUUCUAUCGGUUUACAUCUGAUAUGAGCUUUACAGAGUGGGGUUACAAGUUUACUGUGGCUGCAGGACAUCGAGGACGAUUUCAGACAGGGUUUGAAAUUCUAAAGCAGAUGCUGUCAGACCAGAGGGUUGUGCCCCAUCUCCCACUUCCCAGCAUAUGGGAAUGGCAGGUGGUUGUGGCUUGUCGGCAGACAGGCCACCAGCGAUUAAAAGCAAUCCACUUAUUACUAAAGUUGUUGCAACUUGGUCCUGUAAGGGACUGCGAUUUCAAGCUGCUGAGACCAUUGUGGCCAGUUUUCACAUCUAUGGAGAAUGCUGCUUAUCAAGAUGCAGCCAGCUGUGGAAUCCUCCUUCCCCUACACAGAUCACUUACUGAAUUGUUCUUCAUUGCAGAGAACCGUGCAAGUGAGCUUGGGUGCUUGCAAGAUUUUCUCAUUAGUUUAACCACAGAUGAACAAAUCCAUGUUUACACAGAACAGGCACUGAAAAACAUUGCGUCUGUAAGCUUUGCCAUCAACUACCCAAACAAAUCUACGAGUGCAUGGACUGCCUGAUUCUGUGGCAUUUACCCUGGGUUCUAGUUCCAGAUGAUGCUGCAUGCUUUGUGGAUUCUCACUUUUAUGUAAAUGAAGCCUCCUAAAGCACACCAGUGUGUUGAAAACUGUACAUUUGCCUCUGAAUACAUGUGCACUUCCACCAUGCUGAAUAUUAAUCCAAGUAACAAUUUUAUGAACUGUUCCAGCAGAGUUUUAUUUCAAUGUAUCACAGCAGGCUUUGAAUGCUGAAUAAAUUGUAGUGUCUGUAUAAAGCUGGCAUGCCAUUCUAAGACAGGAGUACCUGAAGACUUGGAGUAGAAGGUGGCUGAAAAUGUAUGACAUUGAAAGAUUUAUUAAAUUCCCACAACUCUUUAAUUGGAAAUAGUUUUCCCAGAAAUGCGUUAUAAAAAAUGUUCCUCUAUUGGAUUUCAUGAUUUGAUUGGUGCAUAUUUAUCAAUUUACUAUCACGUCACGGAAACAAAAAAAAAAAACUAUUUGCUCUUAAAGGGAGACUUUGCAUUUUGUAUUUUCCACAGAGAAAUACAUUUGUAAUAGUUGCAUGCUUACACCUUAAUUAGGUAGUGCACACAGCUCAGUUGCCAAAAUCAACCAGGCACAUUUUAGUUUACUUUUGUCAGAGCAGAAAAAAUUGUUGCUUUCUUUGGUCAACCAUAUUUUUUCUGUUUGCAUUAUAAAGUAAGUAUUGCAAGGCUUAUUAUUUUAACAAAAAGGGAACGUGGUCAUUUAAAAUAGAAUUUGCUGUAAUCUGCCACAGCCUAUCUCUGAAUAACGUCAUUGUAUAUGAUGGAGAUUGCUGCCCUGUUUUAACUAUGUGAGGAAAAAGAUAUCUGGGUCUCCAGCAGUUGUUGCUGAGGUAAAUUUGCUUUGUAGAUCUAUGUAUACAUUACUAUACAGUGCAGACUGGUGUGUCAGGAGCAAUCGAAUGCUCUCUUAGGCUAGAUUCCUUCUAGGCAUAAAAAAAUGGUACUUUGUGUUCAAUAACAUUUAAAAGCAGUUAAUUAUUUUUUAAAAGGAAUUGAUAUAUAAAUAUAUAUAUAUAUUUUUUUUUAUGGAAAACAGUUUCCAGUGUCUGAACUGUAUUUUACAGUAUUGGGUUUCAGGCAACCCAAUUAAACCCAUAAGGUUUUUGGCAGAAAACAAACCAUAUGUAGAUGUUUUCUUUUGUUAUGGUAAAUCAUUUAUUUUUACCAUGCUGGUAUUAUAAGGGCUUGACUAAUCAGAGCAGCUCUUGAAAUAGGUGUCACUAAUGUGGUUCUAAAUUGUCAAUGCAGUGUAGUAAUCUAUAUGCCCUUCAUAUUUUGUUUCUCCCACUACAUCCGUUCCUAUUUCAAGAUGCUUGAAAUGGUGAGGGAUGUGUCUUCAUUUUUAUUGUGUUUCUUUCACAAAAAAUACUACUGUACAACUUGUUCAGUAAAAUGGCUAGAAAGACUUUCUUUUAACCUGUUCUGUACAGUGCUAGAUUUUUUUUCAGUCUGGAGUUAGUGUUUGAUCUGGGAUUUCAGUUCUUUGCAAUCUUUUUUUUUUUU